CACGGCGAGAAUAAAGCAAGAUGGCGUCUGACGGUGAAGACGUUAUUGCAGUCGUCACAGUUCAGUGUUCUUAAUCUGUGCCUCCAUGUACACAUAUAUGUCCUUUAUUACACUAGUAAAUAGAGUAAACAUCGUUAAUAACUGUUUGCAUCCGGUUAUAUUAGUCUGAGCGCACUUUGAUGCUUCUCGAGCUAGCUUAGCCUGCUAGUUAGCUUAGCUUGUUAGCUGCUAACAAAGAGAGGCGGAAGUGAUCAAAACACAUCGCUAAGUAGAGAUCAAGUGUGAGUGUAAAGUGUUGUGAUUGUGUGAAAAUGUGCCAAAGAACCACAGCAGAGUACGAGGAGGAACUUUGUCCAACAAAAGAGGAGAAGGAGCGACAACAUGAAAAACAUCAAGUUGUGUUACACAGAACAGACAUCCAUCAGCUGAUUGGACACCAAGAAGAAUGUCUCCCUCAUCUGCAGGGGGACAGUUUCACUGUAAAGUAUCCACAGCCCUCACAUUUUAAAGGGGACAAGGAGGUUCCACAGCCCUCUUAUUUCAAAGAGGAAGAGGGGGGAGAGUGUCCUGUAGGGCAGGAGGAGGCUGAUGUCAGCAAGUUUCCACUGACUGUUGUCUCUGUGAAGACUGAAGAGCAUGAAGACAAACCACCUGAGUCCUCACAGCUUCAUCACAGUCCAAACGUCUGUGAAGAACAUCUUCACCCUCAGCAACAGAAGUGGAGCUUCAGGAUGCGGACGGAGGAGCCACCGCCCUCCCACAUUAAGAAGGAAGAGGAAUACUCACUGAUACACCAUUUUAAAAAGGAAGAGGAGGACCCACUGACACCCCAUUUUAAAAAGGAAGUGGUGGAUCCACUGAGCCCUCACUUUAAGGAGCAAGAGAACCCACUGAACCCUUACAUUAAAGAGGAAGAGAUGGACCCACUGACCCCCUGCUUUAAAGAGGAAGAAGAGGACCAAGAGGCGCCGCACAUUAAAGAGGAAGAGGAGGAAGAGGGCAUCAGUCAGCCUAAAUGGUUGGAGGAGUUCCCAGUGACUGGUGUCCCUGUGAAGAGUGAAGAUGAUGAGGUGAAAGGUGAAAGUGAGGAGAGGGGAGGGGGGGAGCCUCCAAGCAGCAGCUCAACACAACACAUGACAACAGAAGCUGAUGGAGACCACUGUGGAGGAUCACAAGCAGACAAGCUCUUAGCUCCACUAUCAGAUAGUGAGGACACAACGUCACACUCUCCUGACACUGAUGAUGAAGACUCUAAAGAUGAUAAGACAUGUCACACUGACAACACUCACUUCACAUCUUCUCACUGUCACAAAACUUUUAAAGACCGUCGCAAUAUGAAAAGACACAUGAGAACACACACUGGAGAAAAACCUUUUUCUUGCUCAGAAUGUAGUAAAGGUUUUACACGAAGUCAACAUUUGAAAGUACACAUGAGAACACACACUAGUGAAAAACCUUUUUCCUGUUCAAUCUGUGGUAAAGGUUUUACUGAAAGUAAGAAUUUGGACAGACACAAAAGAACACACACUGGUGAAAAACCUUUUUCUUGUUCAAUCUGUGGUAAAAAUUUUACUCGAAGGCAACAUUUGAAAACUCACAUGACAAUACACACUGGAGAAAACACUUUUUCCUGCUCAGAAUGUGGUACAAGUUUUGUAAGAAAUCAAAGUUUAAAAGAACACAUGAGAGUACACACUGGAGUAGAAAUGUUUUCCUGUUUAGAAUGUGGUAAAAGUUUUGUAAGAAAUCACAAUGUAAAAGUACACAUGAGAACACACACUGGAGAAAAACCUUUUUCUUGCUCAGAAUGUGGUAAAGGUUUUACACGAAGUCAACAUUUGAAAGUACACAUGAGAACACACACUGGUGAAAAACCUUUUUCCUGUUCAAUCUGUGGUAAAGGUUUUACUGAAAGUAAGAAUUUUGACAGACACAAAAGAACACACACUGGUGAAAAACCUUUUUCAUGUUCAAUCUGUGGUAAAAAUUUUACUCGAAGGCAACAUUUGAAAACCCACAUGACAAUACACACUGGAGAAAACACUUUUUCCUGCUCAGAAUGUGGUAACAGUUUUGUAAGAAAUCAAAGUUUAAAAGAACACAUGAGAACACACACUGGAGAAAAAGCGUUUUCAUGUUCAAUCUGCGCUAAAGAUUUUACUCGAAGGGACGAUUUAAAAAAUCACAUGAGAAUACACAAUGGAGAAAAACCUUUUACCUGCUCAGAAUGUGGUAAAGGUUUUGUAAUAAAUAAAAAUUUAAAAAUACACAUGAGAACACACACUGGAGAAAAGCCUUUUUCAUGUUCAAUCUGUAGUAAAGGUUUUGCACAAAGUAACCAUUUGAAAGUGCACAUGAGAACACACACUGGUGAAAAACCUUAUGUAUGUUCAAUAUGUGGUAAAGGUUUUACACAAAGACGUAAUAUGGAAGUACACAUGAGAACACACACUGGAGGAAAACCUUUUUCUUGUUCAAUCUGCGGUAAAGAUUUUACUCGAAGGGAACAUUUAAAAAAACACAUGAGAAUACACACUGGAGCAAAAACUUUUUCCUGCUAAGAAUGUGGUAAACGUGUUGUAAUAAAUUGUAGUUUAAAAAUCCACAUGAGAAGACACCCAGGAGAGAAAGUGUUGAGUUGCAGUGUGUGUGGUGAAAGAUUGUCUUCUAAGUACCAGUGUAAGAAACACAAGUGUGCUGGUGAGAACAGCAGCAGCAAAUGAAACUGCAGGAUUUGAAAUAAACUGUCCAGACUUUCAUUUUGACUUUCUAACAACAUCAGCACAUAUAACAUAUGUGACAUCAUUGUUGUUUGUGUAACACAAUCUUGUUAAUAUGAUUCUAACAUUUAUAGAUUAGAGACUUCAGACUAGUGUGUUUAUUUCAGUCAAGUACAUGAGUUAAUAUACACAUUUGUGUACUUUGAAAUGAACACAACAGUUUGACUGAAAAGGUGAGAAUAAACAGUACAUAAAAUAUGUUACAUACAGUAAACAUUUUAUGUGUAGAUAUAUUUAUAUUUCACUUUUAUACUUAUUCAUAAUAGUGUUUUAUAUGUUUUUAUUAAAUAAUGAAGUGUUACAUAUUUUAUUUUGUAAUUGUAGAUGAUUCCAUAGAUGAACUCCUUUAUAUGAUGUACAUAUUUGUUUUACAUGUGUUCAUACCUUUGCUUUUGAGUACACAUAAAUCCCUCUUAGUUCAUAUUUACUGGUUCACAUCUGAAACAUCUUCUGGACCACUUCUGGAAGCAUAUUAUUAUUUACUUUAUACAUCAUUUGAACAGUUGUCUUUUAUAUAAGAUCAUUUACUUUUAAAAUGUGUGACUUAAUCAUUUGUUGGGUCUCUAUAAUCCAUUCUAUGACUUAUCUUUAUUACUCUCUUUUGUAAUAUGAUGAUUGUUUUGUGAUUGUUUUAUAUGUAUGUCCCCAGACUUUUAUGCAAUAAACAAUGUAUGUUUCAACUGAAGUUGGGUACAAUAAAUGUAGUUCAUAUUU